CAAAGGUGAACUAGGGAGAAUCCGCACUGCGUUUUAGCAGGUUUGGAAAAGCAGCAUCUGUUUCGACGCAAAGCAGCGUUUUAGAGAAUAAAACGCUGGCCACUUAUUUUAAAUAAGUUCAAAGGCCUUGGUGCUUUGUUAGUUUGUUUUCAUCCAACAGCUGAUUAUGGACUGUGGAUCGGACAUGGUGACGUUGUAUCCGGUACGUCCGGCUCCAUCUUGUAUGAUAACAAGUCGGGGAGUGGACCUGGCUGUCAAGGAGCAAUAAUGAAAAUCAGGCGAAAGUUUACAACUUGACAGGUGUGCAUUGAUAGAGCUGGUCUAUAUUGAUAGCAGCAGCACUCCUCCAAACGGAAAUCAUUCCUCAGAGACCUUCUUGUGGCCCAUGUGUUUCAACCAAUGAAAGAACUCUGUUCUUCACGGAGAAACCCAGUCAGUUCCCUCUCAUUGUGGAUCCCCCUUGUUGGCCUUGGUCUCUUUGCUGGUGGCACUGACUUUGGAGAAUACCUGAAGGAAUCUUCCAGAAUAAAGGCCCCCGCAGAGAAGCGAGUGCAGCUAACAGGAACUGUGCCCCGUGCCCUGUCCCACUGCUGAAGGUGGGGGCUCUUACUAUGAAACAUGGACCAAGGCGCAGUUGACAGUCCUGUCACCCUCAUCAUCAAGGCACCCAACCAGAAGUAUGAUGAUCAGACUAUUAACUGUUUCCUCAACUGGACAGUUGAGAAGUUGAAAAUGCAUAUCUCCAAUGUGUAUCCCAGCAAGCCGUUGUCUAAGGAUCAGAGGUUGGUUUACUCUGGAAGGCUUCUCCUGGAUCACUUAAAGCUCAGAGACAUCCUGAGAAAGCAAGAUGAGUAUCACAUGGUCCACCUGGUGUGUGCCUCUCGAAGCCCCCCUGAGUCGCCCUGCCCCGCUCCUGGCCCACAGACACGAGUAACCUCUGACCCCGAGCCUUCAAGUUCUGACAGCUCCUCGUCCUCGGCCAUGCCCACCACAGAGAGCACGCCCAGCUCCUCGGUGGGGAACUCUGACGGACUCAGACAUCGUGGUGGGCACGCCCACAACCCCGCCUACCCAAACUUCAUGCAAGGGCACUUAGCGGACCAGUUCCCUCUCCAGCAGGGGAUGCCCGCAGGCUUCCCGGCCUACCCCAUGUACAACCCCAUGCAGGUGCUGUGGUGGCAACAGGCGUAUGCGCGACAAUACUAUAUGCAGUACCAAGCAGCAGUGGCCUCUUCCCAGAGUCCCAGCCCCGCCGUCCCCUCCAGUCCAGUCCCACCCCCUCUGUCCUCCCCGUCCCAUCAGCAACCAGCCCCGCCCAAUGACCCGCCUCCUGUGGGUCCUAACCCUGCCCCCGCCCCCGCCCCCGCCCCUGCCCCAGCCCCAGCCCCCGCCCCCGAGGAGCAUCCCGCCAACCCCAACAUCCAGAUGAACGCCCAGGGGGGCGCGCUGCUGAACGAGGAUGAGCUGAACCGCGAUUGGCUGGACUGGAUAUACACGGUGUCACGUGCCGCCGUCCUGCUCAGCAUCGUCUACUUCUACUCCUCCUUCAGCCGCUUCGUCAUGGUGAUCGGCGCCAUGGUGCUGGUGUACCUACACCAGGUUGGCUGGUUCCCCUUCCGCCCGGACCUUCAGAACAUCGGGGGAGCCGAGGGAAACGAGGACGAGCGCGAGGCAGACCGGCAUGACGACAUCCAGGAAAUGGAACGCAUCAUGGACGAGGGGCUGGAGGAUGAUGAAGGUGAUGGUGGAGAGGAAGCCCCCGGAGACCCUGCCAAUGAGGGGCCCCCGUACCCUGGAUUUGUGGCCUCCACCUGGUCCUUCAUCACCACCUUCUUCACCUCACUGAUCCCCGAGGGCCCUCCCCAGCCUGCCAACUGAACAAGGCAACACAGGAGACAGCAGCCAAUCAAAAAGAGCCAUCUUGAGGCUCUUUCUGCCAAUCAUUACCAAGGGUCCGGUUGUCUGUGAAAAGCCACAUUUAUCUUUAAUCUUGGUGGAAAUUAUGAGUUAUGAGUUCCUCAGAAACAAUGGGGUGGGGGGGACAGAUAUUUAUGAGGUAAUUGUCUUCCAUUUAAAAGUAUAACACAGGCUCUCAUAGUUUGAUUAGCAAAAAAUAAUAAUAAAAAAAUAAGGAGAAAACUGAAACACAGAGGAACACACACCAAAGCUUUGUCGUCUAAAUGUGUGUGUAAACAAUUCAGUGGACUUGAGUGUAUUUUUUUUCUUCCACGGUGUGUAUAAAUGCAAGCAUUUAUUUACUUGUAUAAAUAUAUACAUCUCAGUGUAUAAUGACCAGGAUUGCUUUGGUUGAGAGAAUCUUUUUUUGAAUAAAAGUUAAAAGUCCAGUUCUGGUUUUAUUCUGUGGCAGUGCAAGUCUCUGUUGGGGAGAGUUGGAAGGGGAAGCAAACGGUGCAGUGUUAAGCCCAGGAUGGAGAAUUACCUGCAUUGUGAUUCCUGGUUGUGGCGCCAGGCAGGCACUGCUAUACAAGUCGAUGGAGUCCUCUGGAAAGCAAAGUAAAGCGCACAUCUACUUUCGGAAAAUAUGGGGAAAUCCAUAAUCCGGAUGCGCGUAACCACCCCACAGCUGUUAUUCCGACCUCGGUCUCAGAAAGGUCUGAAAGACACUGACUAAUAUAAGCUAAUAAAAAUGGUAAAGAAAA